CCAGAAAUACGACCAUCCAAAUCGAAUUAAUUCGUGAAAUAAAAGAAACUCAGCGCAAUGAAACUUGUGAUAUGUCAUUAAAGCUCUAAAUUUCAAAAUAAUCAAACAAGAAAGAAGGAAAUGAUCGGCAGUGUGGCGCGAUGUUGCAGAAGCGGACCAAACGGUGGCUUGGUAGCUAGUGCAGACGUGUGGUGGCUAGUGCGGCAGCGGUGUCGGCUGGCCAAGUCAGAUGUGACGUUUGAACGGGUAAAAUUGGUUUCACGCGUUUUUUUUUUAAUUAAACUUUUUUUUUUACCGCUAAGUCACGUGCACCACGUACAUGCAUAGCUCCGUCCCUGCCUUUACUACCCUUAAAAAAUUCGAUUGGAUUCGAGAAUGUGAUAUAACCCGAUAAGAUUUAUUCUAAAUUCAAAUUAUACACCCGAUUCACACUUCUAUUCAAACGAAAACCGAAAUUGAUUGCUUGACAUGAAUCACAUAUCCACAAGUUGGAAACAUGAAAAUUAGAAAUGGAGCACGAGAUCAAACGCUCUAACACACUCUAGCUGGCACACAAUUAAAACACCCGCCUACUUUCCAUAUUCCAACGCCGUCGAAAGUUUCAUUUUCUGGAAUUAACAUCGAAUUCAACUCUCCCAAACUUCAUCACAUUUUACCAGAAUUCCUUCGACGAAGAACCCUAAUUCUUCAUUUCCCUCAAAUUCAACCUCAUCAUUAAUGCAUUCUUGAACAAUUUCAACAAAUUCUCUCUCCUCCUCUGCCAUGGCUGCAUUUCGUAGGCUUCUUCCUUCCCGCUCAUUUGGUGUCUUUACUCGGACUUGCAGUUCUUGGACUUCUUCUGCUUCUUCUACUGAAGGAAUUGGAGGGAGUUUGCGGCAUUUCAGUGACCAGAAAGUGUUGAGAAUCAAAGACGAGGUAGUCGAGGAUGAAGUUGAGAGAAUUCGGAGUGAAUUCGAGAUUGCCAAGCAGUGUUUCCUUAAAAUUCCACAGACUCUCAAGUCUAUGCCUAAGAUGAAUCCUGAGGGGAUAUAUGUGAACAAGAACUUGAGAUUGGACAACGUUCAAGUUUAUGGGUUUGACUAUGAUUACACAUUAGCACAUUACUCUGCUUAUCUACAGGCUUUGAUUUAUGACCUUGCCAAGGAGCAUUUAGUCAAUGAGCUUAGGUAUCCAGAAAGCUGCUUGAAGUUCAAAUAUGACCAUAGCUUCCCUAUUAGAGGUUUGUACUAUGACAAGUUAAAAGGGUGUCUCUUGAAGUUGGAUUUUUUCGGAUCAAUUGAGCCUGAUGGAUGCUUCUUUGGUCGUCGUAAGCUAAGGCGGGAGGAGAUUAUAGAGAUGUAUGGAACAAGACAUAUUGGUCGCCAUCAAGCACGGGGGCUUGUUAGUUUGAUGGAUUUUUUCUGCUUUAGUGAGGCAUGCUUGAUCGCUGACAUUGUGCAACAUUUUGUCGAUGAAAAACUGGAGUUUGAUGCUUCUUAUGUCUAUCAUGAUGUCAAUCAUGCAAUUCAACAUGUUCAUAGAAGUGGAGCAGCUCAUAAGGCAAUCAUUGCUGAUCCUGAGAGAUAUCUUGUUAAAAAUGAUCAGUUGUAUUGCUUUUUGAAGAUGCUAAGAGACAAAGGAAAGAAAAUGUUCUUGCUGACUAAUUCACCCUAUUAUUUUGUUGAUGGCGGUUUGCGCUUUCUUUUGGAGGAUUCCCUGGGCUGUGGUGACUCUUGGAGAGAACUAUUUGAUGUAGUCAUUGCUAAAGCCAAUAAGCCAGACUUUUAUACGUCAGAGCGACCAUUCCGAUGCUAUGACACGAGCAAGGAUACGUUGGCAUUCUCUAAGGUGGAUGCUUUUCUUCCCAAUAAAAUAUAUUACCAUGGAUGUCUGAAAUCCUUUCUCAAAAUUACAAAGUGGCACGGGCCAGAGGUCAUAUACUUUGGUGACCAUUUGUUUAGCGAUCUUAGAGGGCCUUCAAAGGCAGGGUGGCGUACUGCUGCUAUCAUUCAUGAAUUGGAAAAUGAAAUACAUAUUCAGAAUGAGGAAUCUUAUCGUUUUGAGCAGGCGAAAUUUCACAUUAUCCAAGAGCUCCUAGGUAGAUUGCAUGCAACUGUUGUAGAUUCACAAAAAAGUGAAGCAUACAGGUCACUCAUGAAAGAGCUCAAUGAGGAGAGGCAAACAGCACGCUGCACCAUGAAAAACAUGUUCAACAAGGCUUUUGGGGCCACUUUCCUCACUGAUACUGGUCAAGAAUCCUCAUUUGCCUAUCACAUCCAUCAAUAUGCAGAUGUUUACACCAGUAAGCCAGAAAAUUUCUUGUUCUAUCCACCUGAAGCAUGGCUGCAUGUGCCCUUUGAUGUCAAGAUCAUGCCACAUCAUGUGAAGGUUCCUUCAAGCUUGUUCAAGACAUAGGAGACAUUCGUUUUGAUCAUUUAGGAUUGUUAUAGCUUUGGACUCAAAUUUUGAUCUUGCGAGUAAAGUCUGCUUGCUCACUCCAAACGAUUUUUAUUUUUUUUGCUUAUACGAAAUACAGUUUAGGCAAAUGUUGUAAAGUUCGAAAUACAGUUUUGGCAUGUACCAUAACAUGUAGAUGAUGGAAAAUCUUAUACACAACCCAAGGUUGAUAGAUAAGAAAAAGAAUAUAGAAAUAAUAAUCAUUUGUAAACAUCAUUAUUUUUACCAAUGUAUUGCCUUUAGUCAUUUUCUUUCUGUGUAAUACUCAAAUGUUGGAUUAUGUUUGUAUUUCUCAAAUGUAUUUUGUGACAUUUACUUUGUAUGUUAGAGAAAGUAGACAAGGGCUGCAGUUGGUCUGCACUUUGCUCAAUCUAAACUUGAUGAGAAUAAUUAGUGUUUGAAGUUUUGAGCGCAUCUUGUUCAACCUUGGCUUGGUUUGAGCCUAAUUCACACAUGUUUGAUCAUCUGCAAUUCGCACUUUUCCAUAACUAUGAAUUUUUUGUGGAAAACCAUUUGGGAUAGAUGAAGCAUUACCAAUUCCUCUAUUUUCUCUCUCCUCACUCUUACUACAGUGGA